CAUUCUGUCGCUUUGUUUACACAAAAGGUAUUCGAGAAAAAAAUGUCUUAAGUCAGAAACGUCGGUGUCAUUAUGACUAGAUCCACUGUAUACCCUACAUCCUUAGUAACGUAUAUGACUAUAUCUUAGCAGACAUUUCUCAGGAUGUUACAGAAAUGACCAGCUCUAUACUAUUUCGGUAGAGGAUAUACAAACAACACCUGCCACCUCAAUUUGAUCUCAACUCCCUGUUAUGGCAUGAUUAUAAAUCUUCUUCCAGCAUGGCUUCAAACAUACCUAGCGAGGUUAUUGGUAUCCAUAACAACAUGGUUUUGGAACUAAGUGACAGUAUAACAGGUCCAGAGUUAGAGAAGUUGAAACAUCUUCUGGAGGACGAUCCACUUACUUUGGCUGAUAAGAAUAUGAUAAACACAGUGCAGGAGCUAUUUACUUGUCUCAGGGACAAAUCCUUUAUUUUCUAUGGCGACUACGAAAAAUUAGAACCAAAACUGAAGUUAUUAAAACCGUCACUGUGUUUUAUCUUAAAUCAGUACAAAAGGAAAUCAGCAAAAUACUCAAACCGGAAAUGGAAAAAGAUAGAGCAGAAAACAUCGUUAUUGCAAUGGAUAAGUCGGUAUAUCAUACCAGGGAAGGAUCGGAAGCAGCAUUCUUAGACUGUACAGUGGAACCUCUACCGGAAAGCAUUGUUUGGAAAAGUGACAAAAGUGUACGACCAACGAAAACAGUUCUUAAUAACAAUCGUAAAUUCUACUAUAGCCCAACAUCUCCUACACUUGUGAUAAGAGACCCGAACAAAGCAAAUGAUGAAGCCAACUACCAAUGCACAGCAAAAGCCAAUGGAAAAUCAGUUGAUGGUGAAAUUGUGCAACUACAAUUUGCUGUUGUAAAAACAAAAUUGGAUGAACCUUCAACAAAUAUUACAGGUACAAGCGAGGAUUUCCCAAACAGGGGCCAGUUGUCUGCAUCAGCAUUCGAACUGAAUCAGCAAAAACAAGAUAAAGAAAACCAAAGCACUGAACACACUGGAAGGUCAUACUCUGAUACAAGAACUCGGGGACAGAAACGGUCUAGCAGUACAACAUGUCUCAGCGGAAAAAGAGCCACUGUUGGCCAUAUUGACCAGGGUUGUCGGAUGUCCUUUCUCGUUAACAAUGACAUUGACAUUACAAGAAAAGAGUCAGAAUCUGACAUUUCAGACGCAUUUGCCAAAGUUACACGUCAGAAGGGACGGGUGAUGCAGGCUAACCUGACGAAGAAAUGUAUACAAGUGUGUAUAUAUAUCACGGCUGCUAGAAAUCUAUCAGAACCAUCUUCUGUACAUCUGGCUGAAGAGUUCAAGAAUUAUCUACUGGAUGGCAAGAUUCAAUUAACUGACGAACUAUGUACUGUGUUAGAUGUAGAAAAAGAUAGUUUCCAGAUAACACCUCAAAAUAUACCUCAGGAUGGUUUACCAUAUGUGGACAUAAGUCAUGGCGAGUUCGCUGUUCCCGUCGGGAGGACGGCUAUCAUUCAAACCUACGUAAUUGCAUCAAAAGAGGUUAAAUCAAUUCAAUGGUUUAAAUUAGAAGAUGAUGACCACAUUCCAAUAGAAAUAGACAACAAAAUAUAUUUUGGAGGCUCUGUUCUUUCUCCUACAUUAAUCAUCUGCGAAACAAACAUCGACGAUCAAGGACAGUAUAUGUGCUCAGCUACGAAUGUUAAUGGUACAGGUUGGAGCGACAUAUCAGUCUUAUCCGUACCCUCAGGUGAAACCGGGGCUCUCAAAGAUACACCAAUAAAGCAGAAUAUAGUGUCUGAAACCAAGCUGUUGAGCGAGUGGCGGUCUCCGUGUGACAUCACCUGUGUAUGCCCCACCACUGAUGGUCAGGUGUGGACCGGCUGCUAUUACACUUAUACCUUAACUCUCUUGGAUAUGGCGGGUAAAGAAAUGCAAAAGGUCAACCACAAUACUGAGAUCAUGGACAUAAGUAUUUCACCAUUGACUAACACACUUUGGGCUUGUGAUUUGGAAAAUAACAUCAAAGAGCUCGUGUCAGGGAGACUAGAACACAGAUUUAGUACCAAAGAGGAGCCAUUGUGUAUCUGUAUUCCAGCCAGUGAUCACGUCAUUGUAGGGAUGGCAAGACAACUAACAAAAUUUACCGUGAAAGGUCAAGUAGUGCUUACUACAUCGGCUACAAGGACGGGAAAAGCGUCGGUCGGGUCACCACACAAGAUAUCAGAGUGCCCAGUCACUCACAAUAUCGCUGUGGUUGAUCUAUAUCACAUGCAUGGUGGCGGGAAGGGGAAGGCAUGUGUUUUUGUUAUGAAUACAGAUUUCAAGAAACUGUUUAUGUUUGAUGGUGAUAUAUCUGAAAUAUAUCAACACACAUCACCGUCACGAGGUAGACAAUUUUACCCCAGGAGUGUGGCGUAUGACAGUGUGGGUAACCUAGUCAUAGGGGACAGGAACAACAGCAGUGUCCUACUCGUGAGUGGGCGUGGUGAGUUCCUCAGGAUCCUACACAUAGAUAAUGGUUAUAUGCAUGCGGUUGGUAUAGAUAGGUGUGAUGUCCUGAGGGUGGUGUCUGAUUGGACACAUGUCAAAAUAUUGCAGUAUGUGAAGUCCCAUACUAACUAAUUGGAAGCUGGCUGAUGACAAUAUCACUCGAUUAAUAAACCAAUAUAAUAUCCGAACGCUUAACAAACGAUACAAUACUUUUACUGGAAAUGUUUAAUAUCCAUUGAACGCAUCAUUACUAUGGUAUACAGAAAAAAAACAAUAUAGCAAAGAUUAGAAAGAAACAUAACUAACUAUUGAUUGUAAUACAACUAUUAAUUACUAGAUCUGGAAAUAUUUGAAUCGAGAUCCUCAGGAUUAAAUGCAGAAAACUAAAGAACAAAUGAAUUAAAAGUGACAAUGGUGUUUCAUUUAGGAAAUAUACUCAGAUCUGACAAUAUUUUAUUGUAUUUUUUUUUGAUAGAGCAUUCAUAAUUUGAAAGAAUUCUCUUUAUUUUCGUGUUUCAUAGAAGUGGAACACAAUAUUGCGCCACUAUAUGGUUUUUUAUUAGUCAGUGUGACGUAAAGAUUCAAAUUUACAGUAAAAUUUGGUUAUUGAAGGUAACUAAAACAAUGAUAAACAUGUAGAUAGACAAAGGAUAUCUUUUAUGACCAUAGAACACAAAGCAUUAUGUUCGAUAGAAAUAAGAAAUGAAGUAACUUUAUUCCUUUCAUUGAAUUAUUGUCUCUUUGCCACAAAUUAUGUGAUAAUCUGAUGGUAAAAUAUCAUUAGAUAUAAAAUUAGCAUUGACCUUUGACAACAUGACCUUGAAUGUUGUAGAUGACUUAUUGUUAGAUAGAAAUAUUUGCUCAUGAUGUUGUUACAAGACAUACAUCUAUUAAAAGCUACAAGUUUGAUCCUUGAUCUUUGGCAAGACGACAGGGUGAGACCUAUAGCGAGGUGACUUAAUAAGUUUAAUAAAUCAUCGUGGAGGAGAUAAAAACUCCAUGACCUUGACUUUAAAUAUCUUUCUGUUGAACUAUAACAAAUUUCAUUGUUUAUGACAUAGGCAGAAUAUGUUUUCAAAAUAGAAAAUACAGAAUUAAAAGUUAAGAACUUUCACUUUGAUCAAUAUGGCAGACAAUUGGUUAAUUUACUUUGUACAUUAUUAGGAUUAAAUCUUGUGUGAAUAGUUAAAUGUCUUUUCGUUUAUUGUAUAAUUUAAUGUUUUGAAGCUUUUUCCAUACAUAUCCCAUAUCAAAUAAAUGGUAUAUCAACCCUUUAAUUUAAGUUUAUGAUUCCAUCCACGCAAACAAAUUUUAUGCAUAUAGGAUAAUAUACAGUAAUUCAUAAUUCCUAACAGUAAAAGGAAAAA